UUCUUUUUAAUUUUUUUUUUGUUUUUCCCUUUCCUUUCCUUUCCUUUCCUUCUUCCUUUUUAUUUUUUUUUCGCUCUUUCUCUUUCUCUCACUUCCCUUCUUCGCCGCUCCACGUUUUGCCUCUCCCACUCCCUUUUAUAUUACCAACUUUUGUCUCUUCUUCCUAAUAUCAACAAUAAAACGCCAUGGACGCUACCACUGCUUCUCCUGCUGUCACCACCACCGCAAACAACAACAACACCAACAACGAACUUAUCACCACCCACAACCCCACUACCAACAGCCACACCAACGGCAGUACGAGUAAUAAUAUUAAUAAUCAUAAUCAUAAUCAUAAUCAUAACGACAGCGACGUGCCUGCUCCACCUUCGUCUACCGCCGCAAGCACUCCAGCAGCCUCCACACCCCCCGCUAAUAGUAACGUCAACGCCAACAACAACAACGAUGUAGACGAGACACUGCAGCACAAAUACGGCCUUCUUAAGAAACGAGUCCGAGAAAUAGAAGAGGAUAACGAUGCCAUUCACAUUAAACUCACAAAAGCGAUGCGUCAGAUCAAACGUCUGCGUGUGGAACGCAUUGUAUUGCUCGAAGAACUCGACAGCUCGCGCCAAUACCGUCGCGAAAGAAAAGCCGUAGCUGGAGGAGCAUCCGAUUCGGAAGGUUCUGUCUCGGAUACGGCAACUACGACCACUAAGGAUCAAGGUAUGCUGAAAGCACCGGCUACUAAACGAGCCAGAGGCGGCAAGUCGAAAUUGUCCUCAAAACAUCAUCACAACAAGCACGACGUCAACGGCGACGCAGUAGCAGCUUCUUCAACACCUGGACCUGCUCGUAAGAAGCGAGACCCCAACGCGCCCAAGGGACCUGGCAAUGUGUUUUUCCUGUACUGUCGACUAGAACGUGACAAUAUCAAGGACCAGUUAUCAAGUGACAACCUGGGCGAGGCCACGCGUCUGCUGGGUCAAAAGUGGAAGGCAUUAUCCAAAGACGAAAAGAAGGUUUGUGUGGAGCCUUACAAAGACCCGACGACACUCAAAUGAAUUAAAAGAAUUUGAGGCGGCGAUGGAGUUGUAUAACGCUGGUGGUGGUGCUGCUGGUGCAAACAAUGCCAGCAACAACAACAACCGUACGGAAACUACCACAGCUGCUAACAGUCAAAAGGAGGAAAAGGAAGACGACGAAAAUGUCGACAUGUUGCAGGAUGAGGAC